CACAGAAGCUUCUCUUGGCUGUUUCCACUUCGUUUCUCCGCUUCAGAGUUGAAGGUUUGACUCCACCUCCCAGACAUGGCUUUCUCUUCUCAGUCUUCUUGCAUGCCAUCCUGCUCCAUCCCAUCUUCUAGACCUUCCCUAGGCAUUGGAUCCUGCGGCAUGGGAGGAGGCUUCGGUGGUGGCAUGUACGGAUCUGGCGGUGGUUCCGGCAUGAUGGGAUAUGGCGGUGGUUCCGGCAUGAUGGGAUAUGGUGGCGGCUCCAGCAUGAUGGGAUAUGGUGGCAGCUCCGGUCUUGCAGUAUCAGCAGCCCAACUAGGAAUCCUUCCUGGAAUUCGCCCUUCCUGCAUCAACCAGCUUCCACCAUCAGAAGUGGUGAUCCAGCCACCUCCAGUUGUGAUGACCAUCCCAGGACCCAUCAUGGCCUCCACUGGCCAGCCCUUAGCUGUGGGAGGCUACUCACCAUGUGCAUCCGGAGGAUAUGGCUCUUAUGGCUCUGGCUCCGGUGGCUAUGGACUGGGAGGUUACGGAGGGUACCUCGGUGGUGGUAUUGGUGGUGGUGGUUUCGGCAGCAAAGGGUUUUGUGGGUCAAGACGUAGGCAAAGUAUCUGUGGUAGCCCCUGCUAAAUGACAAGGAGACAGUCCACACAACUUGGAAAGCCAUGACAUGAAUCCACAUCUAGUUCGUUUGGUCCUGGAUACUUGAAUGCAUUUAGAGUAGCCAAAUAUUUCUGUGCUGUAUCUUUACCUAUUUUGCGCUGCAUUUCACCUAUUGUUUCACAAACACAAAACUCCUGCAGUUGCUCAGCGUCUCUGAGAACAACAGCCAGCUGUGUGUUUGACACGUUGCACUUUCUUUGUGACAAUAUCCAUUUCUUAGUAGCAUGCAUUUCUCAGAGUGUAAGUAGUCUCUUCUACCGAAUGUCCUCCUUAAAUGCAGAUGAUAUCGUAAAAGAAGACAGGACAGAAUACAAUUCACUCUUACCGCACUUGCUGUUUUUGUUGCUGUGUUGUAUACAAUUUGUUAGGAGCCUAUAUCAUUUUCUGUAUCACCUUCUGCCCAUCAAUAAAGCUUCGUUUGC